UUGGUGCACUACGUGUGGAGUUUUCCCAGCCUGUAAAUCUGGAAGAAGUGGCAAGAGUAAACCCAGAGAUCAAAGCAGGAGGUCGUUUUGCUCCGAAGGACUGUAUAGCACUUCAGAAAGUAGCAAUAAUCAUACCAUUCAGGAACCGAGAAGAGCACCUCAAGUACUGGCUGUAUUACCUGCACCCAAUUCUCCAAAGGCAGCAACUAGAUUAUGGAGUAUAUGUUAUAAACCAGGAUGGAGAAGAAGAAUUUAACCGUGCUAAACUGCUGAAUAUAGGAUUCGCAGAGGCUUUGAAAGAAUAUGACUAUGAUUGCUUUGUGUUUAGUGAUGUAGACCUCAUCCCAAUGGAUGACAGGAACACCUACAAAUGUUACAGCCAGCCACGACACCUCUCUGUAUCCAUGGACAAAUUUGGAUUCCGGUUGCCUUACAAUCAGUAUUUUGGAGGUGUAUCUGCCUUGAGCAAAGAGCAAUUCACAAAGAUCAAUGGAUUCCCAAACAAUUACUGGGGCUGGGGUGGUGAAGAUGAUGACAUUUAUAACAGCAGGAAGAACGAACCCAACCCCGAGAGGUUUGACCGAAUUGCUCACACAAGGGAGACAAUGAGCUCUGACGGUCUAAAUACACUAUCCUACAAGGUAUUAAGAACUGACAAGUACCCUCUGUAUACAAAGAUCACAGUGGAUAUUGGCUCACCAAAUAGCUAA